AUGGCGGCGUCGCUGCCGCUGAAGCGCGCGAAGCACCGGGAGGCGUUCGUCCGCGCCGCGCAGCGGGCCGCGGCGGCGGACGCGCGCCUCGACGAGGUCGACGUCAUGCGCGUGGUCGCGGCCCUCAAGGAGCGGCUCAAGUUCAGCGAGGCGCGCGCGGCCCGGGCCGAGGCCUCGAACGCUGCGCUCCGCGACUCGCCGGGCGGCGGCGGCGACCGGUCGAACGAGGCGCUCGAGGCCGCGUUCGAGAAGCUCCGCGAGGAGUACGAGGGCCUGAGCCGGACCCUCAACGACAAGCUCGCCGAGGAGGCCGCGGCCGCGGAGGCGCCGCCGCCCGCCGCCGCCGACGCCGACGCGGACGCGCGGCUCGCGGCCGCGGCCGCCGAAGCGACGGAGCUCGGGGCCAGGGCCGCGGAGCUCGAGUCGCGGCUCGCGGCGGCGGACGCCGACGUUUCGCGGCUCCGGGCCGAGGCCGUGGACCUGCGGGCGGCCCUCGCCGAGGCGCGGCAGGUCGACGAGACGGCGGCGACGGAGGCCCGCGAGGAGGCCGAGCGCCGGGCCGCGGACCGACACCGCUUCGACGCGGCGCGGAUCGCGGAGCUCGAGGGCGCCGCGAAGCAGUCGGACGAGGCCGCGGCGGACGCGGCGAAGCGCGCGGCGGGCGCCGAGGCGCUCCUCGCCGAGGCCGAGGCGCGCCUCCGCGACGCCGUUGCCGCGCCCUCGGCGGCCGCGGCGCCGUCGUCGCCGCUGACGUCCUACGAGGCGCAGAUCGCCGCGCUGACCGAGGAGCUCGGCGCCAAGGACGGCGCCAUCGCGAGCCUCGAGGAGCAGCUCGGCAGCGCCGAGGCCAAGGCGCGCUUCUUUUCGGAAGAGAGUCGUUUUUCUCGCGCCCGAAAAACCGCGUCGCAUCGCAGGCUCGACGCGCACCUCCAGUCGCUCGCGGUCGCGCGCGACGACGACGACGGCGCCGCCGCGCGGGGCCGCGCGGACGUCGACGCGGCGGAUGCGGCCGCGGCCGCGGACUUCGACGCCGACGCGGCGGCGGCGACGCUCGCCGACGACGUCGCCGCGACGCCGGCGUCGCCGUCGGCCUACAGCGAGCUCGUGACGCCGCGCAAGGAGCGGGCGUCGCCGGCCGACGCGUCGCCCGCGUCGUCGGACGACGACCUCGACGCGUCGCGCCAGGAGCUCGAGCUCGCGCGCGCGGCCCUCGAGGGCGCCGACGCCGUCGAGCGCGAGCUGCGCGCCGACGUCGCCCAGCGCGACGCGGACCUCGCGGCCGCGCGCGAGGCGGCCGCGGCGCUCGAGGCCGCCGCGGCGACGGCCGCGGCCGCGCGCGACGCCGCCGACGCGGGCCGCCGCGGCGACGCCGAGGCCGCCGCGGCCGGCGCGAACCUGCGCGACGACGCGCGGUCGACGGCCGUCGCGGCCGCCGAGGCCGCGGCCGCGGGCCUCCGGGCGACGGCCGACGGCGCCCUCGCCGACAAGCUCGCGGCCGUCGAGGCGCGGGCCGCCGCGGAGCGCGCGCGCGACGCGGCCCAGGCCGACGCGCUCGACGCGGAGACGCGGCUCGCGUCGUCGAAGAUGGCCGCGUCCGCGGCGGCGCAGGACCGAGACGCGGCGCGCGCGGCCCUCGAGACGCUCGGCGCGGCCCGCGACGCGGACCUGGGCGCCGCUACCGCGGCCCGCGACGACCGCGACGGCGCCGUCGGCGCCGUGCUGGCGACGUACCGCCAGCGCGCGCUCGACUUCGAGGCCGCGGCGUGCAAGGCCCGCGCGGACGCGGAGACCGUCGCGGGCGCGCGCGUCGAGGUGUCGUCGGCGGAGGCCGCGGCGGCGCGCGCGGACCGCGAGGCCGCGGCCGUGGACCGGCACCACGCGGCCCAGGACCGCGCCCAGGCCGCGACGGAGCGGCUGGUGGCGGAUCGCGCGCGGGCCGCGGAUCUGGACGCGGCCGAGCGCGAGUGGCGCGACCGCAUCGCCGCCGCGGAGCAAGCGGCCGAGGAAGCCGAGGCCAAGUACCGCGCGUCCCUCAAGGAGGCCGACGAGGAGAAGCGGACGCGGGCCCACGGGCACCUCGGCUACGCGUGGGAAGCCGCGGCGCCGCCGACGCCCGACCGGCCGCCCGUCGCCCGGUCGCCCAAGGACGAGCGCGCCCUCGCGGACCGGGAGGGGGCCGCGGCCGCGCGCUUCGACGCGAAGCUCGCGGAGGCGGCGUUCCGCGGCGCGACGGAGGAGCGGGGCCGCCUCGCGGACGCGUGGCGGAGCGCCGAGGGCGACCGGGCCCUCGCCGCGAGCGACCGCGCGGCCGCGGCCGCCGACCGCCUCGCGGCGGCCGCCGAGCGGCGCCACGCGGCGGGCGAGCGCGACCGCUUGGCCGAGGAGCGGGCCGCGGAGCCCGCGGCCGCCGCGGCGCCGGACCGGACCGACGCCCGGUGCCGGGCCGUGGCGGCCGCGGCGCUCGCGGCCACCUUCGCGCGCGCGGCGCGCGCGCGGCGCCUCGAGCGCGGCGCCGCGCGCGGCGCCUGGGUCGCGCUCCGGCGCGCCGCGGACGCCGCGGCGCUCCUCGGCGAGGGCCGCCUCGCGCGGGGCGUCGCCGUACGGCUGGCCGCGGGCCGCGCGACCGCCGCGCGGCUCCGGCGCGGCCUGCGGGCCCUGGCCGCGGGCGCCCCCGCGCUCCCGGCGCCGCCGGCGCCGCCGCCGCCCGCGGCGCCGCCCGCGCCCCCCGUCGACGGCGCGCGGCUGCGGCGCGCCGAGGAGGUCGCGGAGCGCGCGGAGCGCACGCGCGAGGCCGCGCGGCUCGCCUGGGGCGGCGGCGACCCGGGCUGGGCCGACGGCGGCUUCGACGCCGACGCGCGGCGGGGCGACGGCGCGGUCCUCUUCCAGCGGAGCGCGCGCGCGCCCGGCGGCGUCGUCGGCGUCGACGGCAAGCGCGUCUGCUCCGCGUUCCAGUUCGGGAGCUGCGAGGCCCAGGGCCAGACGGGCCUCGUCGUCCACCGCAACGCCGACGGCUCGAGCGAGUGGCUCUGGCACGCGUGCGUCGCCUGCGCGCGGAGCACGGGCAAGCUCGCGACGCACGCGCGCUUCGGGCCCAACGGCCGGUCGUCCGGGUGCCCGAUCGCGGACGCGCCCGCGGGGCCGCUCCGCGCGCGGCCCCUCGGCACCGGCGACGUCCGGCGCAACGCGGCCCACCUCGAGCAGAUCAAGCACCAGGAGCGCUGCAUCGCCGACUACGAGCACCAGCGCAACGACCUCAUGUCGGCCCUCGCGACGGCCCUCACGCGCCUCAACAGCCUCGGCGCGUCCUACCCGCACUGGGUCUGGGAGAAGUACGAGCACGGCCGCAACCAGCGCUACACCUACUUCCACGCCAACGUCUAAACGUCGCCGUGAUAAAAUUGAAACC